UAUUUUCUAAAUCCAGUGAAAAUUUUUACCUAGAAAAACAAAGUGCAAGAAAUGGAGGUAAAGUCUUCUGAUAAGGAAUGGAGGAGGAUUUCUUCAUCGACACCCCCAAAGCGCCCUCUAACCCCAAAGCCCUCUACAUCUGACGAAAACGAUCAAUAUUUUCAGCAAGUGGGCAACUCCAGUCUGCAGAGCCCCAAGAAACCAUUGACAAAGAACUACAUGUCACCAACCAUAUCUGCAGCUUCCAAAUCCAAGGCCCUUGCUUCAAGAAAGAACAUCUUAGGGGAAAGAAACGAGGCCUCCCAACCAGAUUUUUCGAAUGCCCCUGUUGAAAAAUCGCAGAGCCCCAAGAAACCAUUGACAAAGAACUACAUGUCACCAACCACAUCCAUAUCGGCAGCUUCCAAACCCAAGGCCAUUGCUUCAAGAAAGAACAUCUUAAGAGAAAGAAACAAGGUCCUCUGAACCCGAUUUUUCGAAUACCCAUGUUGAAAAAUCCUAUGUAGCUAUUGAUAAUGCUAGGGACUCUUUGCCUCAAGCCCUGCCAAAAACCCCUUCAAGUUUUCAAUCCCAUGAUGUUGAUGAGGCUCUUUCCGAUGAUUUUUCUUCAAGGCCAUAUGACCCGGUAACCAAUUACCUUUCUCCGAGGCCUCAAUUCCUCCGCUACAAGCCCAACAGGCGGCAAGAGUUGUUUCUUGGCCUGGAAAAUGGUGUUGGGUUGAGGAUUUGUACAAGUGGUUCUUUUGAUUACCAGAAAGCCACUGAUGAGGAAGUUGGUGCUGUUACAAGUCCUGGUUCUUUGGCUUUACCUCGUCCAGAUGAGUCUCUUAAGCAAGAAGAUGAAGAAGUUGAGCUGCGUAGAUAGUGGUUCUUUUGAUUACCAGAAAGCUACUGAUGUGGAAGUUGGUGCUGUUACAAGUCCUGGUUCUUUGGCUUUGCCUCGUCUGGAUGGGUCUCUUAAGCAAGAAGAUGAAGAGGUGGAGUUGCGUGAUAGUGGUUCUUUUGAUUACGAGAAAGCUUCUGAUGAGGAAGUUGGUGUUGUUACAAGUCCUGGUUCUUUGUCUUCACCUCGUCCGGAUGGGUCUCUUAAGCAAGAAGUUGAAGAAGUUGAGUUGAUUGAUAGUGGUUCUUUUGAUUACCAGAAAGCCACUGAUGAGGAAGUUCGUUCUGUUAGAAGUCCUGGUUCUUUGUCUUCACCUCGUCCGGAUGGGUCUCUUAAGCAAGAAGUUGAAGAAGUUGAGUUGAUUGAUAGUGGUUCUUUUGAUUACCAGAAAGCCACUGAUGAGGAAGUUCGUGCUGUUACAAGUCCUGGUUCAUUGGCUUCGCCUCAUCCGGAUGGAUCUCUUAAGCAAGAAUAUGAAGAAGUUGAGUUGAUUGAUAGUGGGUCUUUUGAUUACCAGAAAGGCACUGAUGAGGAAGUUCUUGCUGUUACAAGUCCUGGUUCUUUGGCUUCGCCUCGUCUGGAUGGGUCUCUAAAGCAAGAAGAUGAAGAAGUUGAGUUGAUUGAUAGUGGUUCUUUUGAUUACCAGAAAGCCACUGACGAGGAAGUUCGUUCUGUUACAAGUCCUGGUUCUUUGGCUUCGCCUCGUCCGGAUGGGUCUCUUAAGCAAGAAGUUGAAGAAGUUGAGUUGAGUGAUGAAGACAUUGAGGCAAGUGAUGAGGAAAGUGAUGAGGAGGAAUACGAGGAGGAUGAGGAAGAGAAGAGCGGGAAAUUGAAAUCGGGAUUAAAAUUUUUUCUUCUUUUGUUGGCUAUAGUUCUCUUUUCCUCAUAUGUGUCUCCAAUGAACCAUCAAACACACUUUGAAGGCGUGGAAGAUGCGUAUUGUAGCAUUCAGAACUCUACAAUUGAAGCUGCUUUGUUGAAGAAACUUGAAAGUGGAGAUAAUCUUUGGGAUCAAAAAGAAGAAAGACGUACGGGUUUCGUGGAAGUAAUUAAAGGAGCUAUUGAAGCGAAGGCUGAGGAGUUUAUUGUUCAAGGAGAAGAGACGCAAAUUGGUGAAGAGAUCGAGGAUGAAGCAAAGGUUGAAGAUGAGAACUUGGGAGAUAUAGAACUUGCUGAUGAGAUGAGAGAAGUGGUGGACCUACAAGCUGAAGAAAUCGAAGUAGAAAAGGAAGGAGGAAUUGAUGAUUUGGGUGAAGUAGUGGUGGUGCCACAACUUGAAGAUAUUGAAGAGAUUUCUGGUGACAUAGUUGAGAAUUCUGAGUUACAGGGUGCUGGACCAUUCCUGUUCGAUGACUUUGAUCAUCAGAAUUUAGUGUCUGAUGUUUCAAAUGCUUUUGAAGGAGAGGUUGCGGCGGAGCAAAGUUAUGGAAUAGUUGAGAAAAAAAUGGAUGGAGCAGAAGAGUCUUCCACCAACAUGGCUGCUGAACCUGUUAUGCCGGAGACCCUGGAUAACAAUGAUACAAGCUUUGAUGAGGUUUCUGAUUUAAAAGCAGAAAGGAACUGGAGGGAGGAGCUGAUCAGUUUCAUGAAAUCGAAAAUAUUUUACACAGCUGCUAUUGGGGUUUUCAUAUUUUCUGUGAUUGUUGCUUCUUUGGUGUCGGUGUUUCGCUUUAAUCGAAGGAAUGCUACUAAAAAGGAUUCUCGUACGAUAGCAAGUCCUUAUUCUACGCCCUUGAAGCUGUAUUCUGAGCCUGUGAUUGCAGAGAGAUACAACUCAGUAUUUCCUAGUAGGUGGGACGACUCAUCUUUCAGAAGGAUGUCUCUGUAUUCCAAGCACUCAACUGGAGCAGUUUCCGGAGAGUAUUUCCAUAGCCAGGCACCGACAGUUGAAUUGCUCAGCGAGCUUGUGGUCGGAGGAGAGGUCAGCAGCUCUCUAAGGAGCAGUGAUAUGAAAAACAAGAUGACAGAAAGUGAAGAAAGCAACUAUUCUGUUUCUUCAAAAAGCUGGGGAGCAAAGCUCGGUCAGUUUCUAUUCGAGCCCAGCCGACGGAGUCAGAGUUUUCUUCUAUCUCUAUGGAUUCCCAUUCAUACGGAAGCUUUAUUACGCCUCAGAAGGUCAUGAAGAAAAAGGAGGGUGGUAAAGACGGAGAAGUUACAACUCCGCUGAGGCGAUCAAGCAGACUUCGCAACCGUAGCGGUCACGUCUCCAUGAAUUUCCAGACGGAAAUCCAUAUUCUGACCUAACACGCAGCAGCUAGGUUGUUUUGUAGUUCAGUAUUCUUCCACUGAAGAGUGUCUGGAGCAUUUGAGCUGUGUGAUGCUAGUUAGUAUAGAGAGAGAAUCUGAUAUGUUCUUUUAGCAUUUGGUUCUUCUUCAUUUGUAUUUCUGUAUUUUUAUUUGAAUGAAUAUUUCAGUAUCUCCCUCAAAAA